UCCUCAUAAAACUAUUGUGGGUAGUAGUUAGUUACACCGUGAACUCUGAUUACGCUUAACAUCAUAAUUGUGUUGCAUCAUAAUGGAAAAUAGCAAGCAAAAGAUAAAAAACUUAAUUCAAAAUCACCAGGAAUUCGACUUUAUUCAACUAUUGCGUGCAGGAUUUGAUCCUAAUUUAGAAGGUGGUUGGCCAAUUCGACUAGCAGCUCGACAUGGCUGUACCUUAAUUGUCGAGGCUUUGCUUCAGUUUGGAGCAAAUCCACAUUUAUUGAGUGAAUCAGGUGCAUCAACGUUACAACUCGCAGUAUUUUCUGGUGAACACUGGGAGACCGAUAAAUGGACACCGUUACUGUCGUGCUGCGAUUCAUCCCAGUUGGCUGAUGGCGCAGCUGUAGCAAUUAUCUUUAAUAACGUUGAGGCUUUAAACAAGAUUUUAACGACUGGGAGAUGUAAUACUAACAUUCCUACGACUUUAACAGGGAAAACAUUAGAAGUUUUGGCAAAAGCGUACAAAUUGAGCGAAUUCUUAAACACAUCACCAGUCAGUGAACUUACUAUACCAACUACGACGACGUCUUCGCGUAUGUCAAGACAAGAGAGAAUGGAUCACGCGCCGUCAUCACCGUUUCCCAGUUCAAAUAGAAAUUUGUCGCCGUCCGUUGCUCAUUUUUUUAAUCAAACAGCACACCAGUCUUCUUUAUCACCUUCUAGAAGUACCAUGAUAAUUGCUUCUCCUUCGAGGGAUGCUAAUCGCCGCUUAUUAUAGUCAAGAGUCAAGUUAUAACGCACCUUUAUAUUAAAAAAAGCAAGAAUAAUAUAAAAUGUUAGAAGAUUUAGGUAUAGUGAGAGUAAGGUUUUAGAUAUAUUAUGUAGUUUUUAUUAUUUAAAUUAAGACGAAGCCAGCAAGCUAAUCUAAUAUUUAAUUAUAAUUAAAAUUAAUGAUAAUGACAAUUUGUUUAGAUUUUUUUAUAUUUGUAUAAUAAGUAAUAAUGAAUCGAUAAGCAGAGAAUAAUAAUUAUACAAAAAAGUAAUUA